CGGUAUUCCUAGCCGCUGGUGGACCCGAUGGUGCGUCCUGCGAGGGUUCGGUGAGGGUUCUGCCAGGAUAGUAGCAGUGCGCCGAAGCAGUGAGAGGCACCCGGGGCUACUGGAGCCAGACCCUCAACCCGCCCUAGUGGUAGGCGAGGAACAACGAAAGCCACGUAUUCCCAUUUCUCUAGUGGCUGACAUUAAAGUAUUAUUUGUGGAAAAGAUUAUCUUUCUUGCAUUAAACUGCUUUUGGACCUUCGUCAAAAAUCAGUUGGACCGGUUUUUCUUGGCAAAGUUUUGCCUGAAGCUUAUUCCAACAGAUGCCAAGCUGACCUCGGGCCGCUCUGCGUUGGUGCGUUGGGCCAGCCCCUCCCGGCUGGUUUCUCACCACGCAUCGCGCAAGCGGAAUUUAUGCCUGUUACCCACACUCCCUGCGCCCCCGCACCCCGCUCCUGUGCGCAAGUCGGAAUCAAACCUCAGAGGAGUGAGCGUUCGGGGCGUCCAGUUGGUUGUCGCGGCAGUCUCUGCGAGCAGCGCAUUUGUCUUCUAGGCUGCGUGGUUCGUGCCUCCGAGAAAGGGAGUCUCCUGCUGCCAGCUAAGUGUGGGAGAACUUGUGCACGUAUAUCCCCUCCGAAUCCCAAAGAUGGGUAACGCCAGUUUUGGCUCCAAGGAACAGCAGCUGCUGCAGCGGUUGCGGCUUCUGCCUGCCCUGCUUAUCCUCCGCGCCUUCAAGCCCCACAGGAAGAUCAGAGAUUAUCGCGUCGUGGUAGUCGGCACCGCUGGUGUGGGGAAAAGCACGCUGCUGCACAAGUGGGCGAGCGGCAACUUCCGUCAUGAGUACCUGCCGACCAUUGAAAAUACCUACUGCCAGUUGCUGGGCUGCAGCCACGGUGUGCUUUCCCUGCACAUCACCGACAGCAAGAGUGGCGACGGCAACCGCGCUCUGCAGCGCCACGUUAUAGCCCGCGGCCACGCCUUCGUCCUGGUCUACUCAGUCACCAAGAAGGAAACCCUGGAAGAGCUGAAGGCCUUCUAUGAGCUGAUCUGCAAGAUCAAAGGUAACAACCUGCAUAAGUUCCCCAUCGUGUUGGUAGGCAAUAAAAGUGAUGACAUCCACCGUGAGGUGACCCUGAAUGAUGGUGCCACCUGCGCGAUGGAGUGGAAUUGCGCCUUCAUGGAGAUCUCGGCCAAGACAGAUAUGAAUGUGCAUGAGCUGUUCCACAUGCUGCUGAAUUACAAGAAGCAGCCCACCACCGGCCUCCAGGGGCCCCAGAAGAAAUCCCAGAUGCCCAACACCACUGAGAAGCUGCUUGACAAGUGCAUAAUCAUGUGAGCCCUGGGCCUUAAGAGCCAGCUCUUCCUAUCCUGUAGUGUGUAGAUAACGUGGACUCAUUUCAUCGUGCUACAUGAACAUGGUUGAUUUUGUGCUGUUUGGACUGUAACAUCCAUAUUGUCAAUAAAUAUACCUUGUAAGUGGAUAACUUUUCUUUUUCCCAGGCCAGAGAAUUCAAAUUGUUAAAAUAUUGGCAUUUGAAGAGGAGAACAAAAGUAGCAUGAUAUAUUUAAAGUAAGGCCUUUAGUAAUAAAUUUAAUAAGAGAAAAUGUUUUGAAAAGAACAAAACAUCAAAAUGAAUAGAAAGCAAAAUUGGAAGGUGUCCUUUUGGUAACCCUAUUAUUGUGUAUUACCUUUAAACAUUUCACAUCCUGUAAGUGUUUAAUCAUAUCUUUUAAUUGUGUAUUUAAUUAAGAAAAGUGUUUUCACAACAAAAGCUUUUGAUAAAUUGCUGCGUGACAUAUACUAUAUUAAGAAAUGAAUAUGCUAUAGCUGAUCAUUAGGGGUUUGGGAGCAGAGAAAAUUGUGAAAGUGGAACUCUCUCACUAAAGAUGUUAGUAGUUUCCUAUGUCAUUUAAAAAUGUUUGAGUAUUCUGCAUAGCAGUUUUUAAAAGUGUAACAGCUUCUUGACUUAAUAAAGCUUUUCCUGCAUGCAA